UCCCUCCUCUCUCCCCCCCCUCCCCCUCCUCUCCCCCUCCCCGCCCUUCCCAGCCAGGCUCCCGAAGGACUCGCCCUCCGCGCCGCGGGGCGAAUGGAAAGAAGUGUGGGGGGGUGCGGCAAAAGGAGCUGUGCGACAACAUCAUCCGGCCCCUCGACGACGAGAUCAAGGACCAGUUCUUCAAGGCCAAGCGGAAGCAGAAGUCCGCGGCCAACCGGCAGGACUGGCGGGACACGGUGGUGGGCGGCGCGUGCGAGAAGACGCGGAUCUGCACGGCCAGCAAGCCCAGCAAGGGGGGCGAGCUGUCGGGCCCGGGCGGCGGCACCUGCACCCUCCGCCGUGCCUCCCCGCGCGUGCCCGCGGCCGCGGAGCGGAGAGAAAACCGGGGAGGGCUGCCGAGGGUCGAGGCGAGGCCCAUGCCCGGCACGCCGGCGUGGGCGGUGGGGCUGCCCGAGGCCCGCGCCCUCCGCGCCCGCGCCGCGGCCGCGCGCGCGCCGGCCUCCGGCGGCGGCCCUCGGCGGUGCACCCGCGGCCUGCUGCGGGGCCUCGGCGGCCCUCGGCGGGGCCUCGGCGGCCCAAUCGGCGCCCACCUGCAGCGGCCCGGCCGCGUCGGCGGCCGCGGUGUGCCCUGUGGGCGCGCGGUGGUGGGGCGCGGAGCCCUGCCCUGGACCCCGGCUGCGCCGCCCAAGCCGGCGCAGGCGCCCGAGGUGCCACUGCGCCACGGGGCGGUCGGCGGCUCCUACGAGAUGCGGGCGGCGGAGGCCCUGCUGGGCCAGUCCUCCGUGGCGCCGGGCAAGGGCAAGUGCAAGGGCAAGGGCAAGGGCAACAAGGGCAAGGGGCAAGACCUGCGCGAGCUGCCGACCAUAGUCUUUAACGACAUGGAACUGAAGGAGGUGCCCAAGGACUUCGGCGGCAUCGAGCACCCCGCCGUGCGGGCCCGCACCGUGGAGGAGUCCAAGAGGAUCUGGCUAAGUCAAGGCAUCCGCUGCCACUUCCACGGGCGGGAGGACGCCGUCGCCGAGGACGAGGAGGACCUGCCGAAGCCCAUCGUGGACCUCGAUGAGCUGCCUUUUCCCGACUGGGUGGCGAAGGAGCUGCGGGCCCUCGGCUGGGAGAAGCCCACUCCGAUCCAGGACGUGUCGCAAGAGCCGUCUGUCGGGUGA